UAUAAAGUAUAAAGUAAAGUAUAAAACAUACCCGUACAAUGCUUUACUUCUAUAUCAGAGCAAGAAUCUUCAGUCCAAAUGCAAAUCUGCGCUGAACGUGAUCACGUUGAAAGAGGGAAGAUGCGAGAGAAGAUGACAAGAACAGUUCGUAAGUUACAAAGAUCCAAUAGCCUACCACCGUCAAGUUUUCACGCCCGGCGUUCGAUAAAACGACAACGAAAAUCCAGUGCGACCGUCCGACAAACUAAAGACAAUCCAGAUAGAGACCUAAAACGAAAGUCGUUUGAAGAAAAAGUAUUCGACGAAAACCACAUUUUGAAAGAGAGAUAUGGAAAGGCACUAGCAAGGUUGGAAUGGGUACAAUGUUUCAAACGGGUUAGUGGACAUGGUGAAUGCAGUAAACAAGUUUUAGAAAUUACCUGCAAAAUUGGCAAAGUACCGCAUAUUGCUGACCUUGAAAAUUUAUUCGAAGAAAAGAACUUUCCUUUCAUUACCUAUAAGGAGUUCUCGAGGGCUGAGUGGUUUGAAGCAAAUAUUCUCUGUGAAGAUUUUAAAAUAAAAGAGGAAUUCGCUAAAGAAUUGUCUAGCCUUGAAUGGGUGGAAUGUUUCAAAAUCGUUUUUGCAGACCAAGGACGCCAAAACCGUAAUUUGGAGAUUGUGUGCAAAUUUGGCAUGGUACCUCGUAUUCCUGAUAUUCUGAAGUUGUUUGGAGAAGAGAUCCUUCCCUUCAUUACCUACAAGGAAUUCGCAAAGACUGAGUGGUUCGAAACAAAUAUUCUUGAUGAAGAGCUCAAAAUGAAGAAAGAAUAUGCAAAUGAUUUGUUAAGGCUAUCCUGGGUGAAGAAGUUCCAUAUUGGUUUUGACGGCAAGAAGGAUAAAACGUGGAAGAUUUACAUCACACACGAUGAGCGCAAAACACCGUCGAUGGAGGAGCUGGAGAAGAUAUUUGGCGAUAAGAUUUUCUAUUUUGUUGAUUUUAUCCAAGAACGAGUCGUUAGCGAUAGUUAUUCUGGCUUUCUCCGAGGACCAAGACCAGGCGACGCAGUUUACGUCUCAAAUGAACCAUUUGGGGGAACAAUCACCAUCCUCGGGAAAGAUAUUUACAUGCAAAAACAUUACGCAAUUACCUGUUAUCACGUGUGCUUUAACGGAAAACUGAAAGAAUUCGAUUUAUUCGAGUCGCACAAAGAAAUGAAGAGAGAGCAUGAAAAUGGCUCAGGGAAUCUUGCUGGCGUUAGGUAUGAGUAUUCGGACGAGAACGGACGUCGGGUACUUGGUACGUUUUAUCGUGGUUUAUACAACGACGAGCACGAUAUUGCAUUAAUUCAACUUGAUGAAUGUUGGGGUUGUCACGAUGCUGUCAACUACCUUGAAAGAGAGGGCGUUCGUGAAAAUUUGGCUAGUAAAAGGGAAGUGAUUGAGAAUUUAAAAAAGAUGGGCGGGUUAGCUCGGGUUGUAAAAUUUGGCUCAGUAAGCAAAGAUAGAGAAGGGGAGCUGUUUGCAAUAGAUGCAAGGCCAUUGAAAAACGGACUGAACAGCGGGUUUUAUGGAAUAAGAAGUCUUCCAGGUAAAACAUUCUUUUCGGAGCCGGGUGAUUCGGGUUCCUUGGUGUGUAUGAAAUGUAAAGAUGGCAGAAAGGUGCCCUUCGCUUACCUCAGCAACACACGAUUGUUUAUUACUGUCCUAAUUUGAAACAGAGUCUGGAAGCACUGGAUCCUGGUUUGGAACCUUGUUUAGGUAGAUGUGGCUUUGAUAAACUUUCACUUGUGUGAAUGAUAUGCAUGCAUAUACCAAGCAUAUUUUAAGGAUGGUAAGCUGGCUAUUUGGACUAAUUCAAAGUUGAAACUUUUUUGUAUCGAGAAACAUUUAGAGGUAACGGUAACUGGGAACAUAUGAUAUAUUAUUCUGUAC